UUUCAUCCCCAAUUCUUUUUCUUCUCUUUUCCUCGGGAUUCGAUCCGACAACCCGACAGCUUUAGCAAUUGUUUGAGUUUGUUCUUCCACUGUUUGGCUUCAAUUCCCGAGGAUCUCUCUCAGACCAGUUUUGUUUUUUUCCUUCUCUUGUCUUGUCGUUUUCUUGUCUGAACCACAACCUCCACUUCCCUACAGUUGAAGUAGGAGCUGGAGGAUCCAGAAUUGCAGACCAGAAAGGAAGGAAGAUUAAUUCAUCACUCGACCCAGAUCUGUACUGAGUUUCAAAGAGCUUGAUCUGUAAAAACUAGAAUAAUAAUCGAGGAGUGAGAUGAAUAUGAACACUCUCGUAGAUGUUCCCCCCGGAUUUCGAUUCCAUCCCACCGAGGAGGAGCUCGUUGAUUAUUACCUUCGGAGAAAAGUUAAUUCAAGAAGAAUUGACAUAGAUGUCAUUAAAGAUGUUGAUCUCUACAAAAUUGAGCCAUGGGAUCUCCAAGAGUUAUGCAGAAUAGGGACAGAAGAGCAAAAUGAAUGGUACUUCUUCAGCCAUAAAGACAAGAAGUAUCCGACUGGUACGCGCACAAAUAGGGCGACCGCAGCCGGGUUUUGGAAGGCGACAGGCCGAGACAAGGCUAUUUACUCAAAGCAUGACUUGAUUGGGAUGAGAAAAACUCUGGUCUUUUAUCAAGGUCGAGCUCCAAAUGGUCAAAAAUCAGAUUGGAUUAUGCAUGAGUAUCGCCUUGAGACGGAUGAAAUUAAUGGAACUCCACAGGAAGAAGGUUGGGUGGUUUGCAGGGUGUUCAAGAAGAGAAUUACAACAAUGCGAAGAGUGAUGAGCGAGCACGAAUCAGCUAGUUGGUAUGAUGAUCAAGUCUCGAUCAUGCCCGAUAUCGACUCACCGAAUCAAAGUAAUUCCCAGUCGAAUAUUCUCUAUCAUAUCCCCCAUAUUCCCUGCAAGAAAGAGCUUGAUAAUUUGCCCUACCAACUUCCCCAAGAUCAUCAAUACUAUCUCAGCCAUCUCCCUCAUCUAGAAAGCCCAAAACUCCUGCAAUCUUCCCUAACCUGCAAUUCACUCUCUCCAUAUCCAGAUAUUAACAAUUCAAGCACAUUAAUGCCUUCCUCUUCGCUAGCACAAGAUCAAGAACAUUUUCAAGUCCAAAUCCAUGGCCAGAACUUGAAUAAUACUACUGCAAUUCUCUAUGGCAACGCCAGUGAGCAAGCACUGGAUCAGGUCAUGGAUUGGCGAGUUUUUGACAAGUUUGUUGCUUCUCAGCUCAGCCAAGAAGACGUUUCAAAGGGAAAUGAUAAUAAUUUCUCAUCGAAUGCAUCAAGUAAUGUCUUGCAUUCACCGGCAAACAUUUGAAUAAGCCAGAAAUGAUCAUCACACCGCAAAAAGCUUUGAGUUUUAGUUGUCAGAUCGAUCUGUGGAAGUGAAGUGAUUUAUUCAAAACCCAUAUGUUAUUAAUCCAGGUUAAUUACCAACUUUUGGAAAAGGGAAUUUAUGGUCUAAAUUCCUGUACAUAAGAAACCUAAUUAUUAAGGUAUAGUACAAUAACUUUAACAGUACUUCAAAGAUUAAAUAUAUUUUGGUUUUUUUCUUUUCU